AUGGCCCCUGUUCUCACCCGACAACUUCAUGCUGUUGUUUUUAGACCCAGACCAUCCCAGGAAUCACCUACACCGGCUGCCGCAAGCAGGAGUUUUGCUCACCUUAAAGCUAUCCUCGAGCUCCUCGCAGGAACAAUUUGCAUAUUCGUACUGGCCGUUCUCUUCUGGAAACUCGGAAACUACUUUCGCUCUUGGACACGGCACCGAGUACUUCAAGCAGGCAACACCCCUGGCACGCGAUAUUCGAAGACCUGGUACGGUUGGAUUCCACUCCAACAACACAACGCUCACAAGGACGUGUGGCGAAAGUUCAGACAAAAGCUCCAUGAAUGGACGGCAUGGAAAUCCACAAACGCUGAUUACCGCUGGGUUUGGUGGGAUCCAGGACAGAAGGAAUUCGAAAAAUUCGAGCAGAAUCGAAGGCUUCUGCGGUGGCUGCCGAAGUUUCUGAGGAGCUAUAGCUUCACACCCGCUGAUGUCAUUUGGAACCCUGGCCCUCCCCGCAAGGAAACUGGGGAACUUGAGAGCGAUGCGGUAUCAUCUUCCUCGGCGCUUAUGACUGGCGCU